AACAACAAACACAUGACUUGAAGGCAAAAGACAUUUAAAAAAAUAUGAAUUGUUUUGCAAACAAUCGUCUGAUAAGAUCUGGUCUUACAUUAGUCUACAGACAUGUCUGCAAACAUUAUCAUCAGAUGAAGACAUCAAAUGUAAGCCAUUGUCGGUAUUUGUGUCAACAAAAUCAACGAUUUAUUACAUUAAAUAGUAAUAAUAAUGACAAAAAUGAGACAAUUAUUGAAAGAAAUAGUAAAACAAAGAAAUUGUCGGACAAUAGCAAAGCUGAGGAAAAGAUUCAAAUAAUAUUUUUCACAAAUGAUGGCAAAAGAGUUACCGGUUUUGGCAAACAAAACGAUAGUCUUUUAGAUGUAAUCAUCAAUAAUGACAUUGAUUUGGAUGGCUUUGGCGCGUGUGAGGGCACACUCGCCUGUUCAACGUGUCAUCUGAUCUUCAAUAAGGAUGACUUCUCAAGAAUUGCCAAUAAGGCGACCGAUGAAGAGCUCGAUAUGUUAGACUUGGCUUAUGAUUUGACCGAUACAUCCCGAUUGGGAUGUCAGGUCCAGUUAAAGGAGUGGAUGAAUGGUAUUGAAGUGAAAGUGCCGGCCAGUGUUAAUGAUGUCCGAUCAUCUUAGCAAUAAUAAUAUUAUUAUUAUUAUUAUCAUUUUUACA